AUCGGCAUGUUGGAAGAGUGCUAUUGGUUAUAUAAGCAGCUAGUUUGUUGCAGUAGUAAUCGGCAUAACUGCAAUUGAUAUAAUUUGAAGCAGUACAACUGUUGCUUGACGAGUGCUCAUCCGGCCUUCUUUCACAGUACUUUGAGGCUGUGGAAUUGAUAUGUAUUUUGUGUAAUUUCUCUCUGUAUAUAAGGGAUCAACAAUGAGUAGUUAUUACAGUGGUUACAGUGGUAACUCAUUAAGGCCAAUAGAUGAAGAAAUCGGGCAACAAGCGUCGAUCGACAAAAAGCCAACACCUUUACCUACCAGAGGUGUCAAAUUUGUUAAUCCUCAUGAUAAUAACAAUCGAAUUCAACCGUCAGAAACGGGAAGCCACUGGACGGCACCGCGGCGGAAUGCGGGGGAAUCCGACGAGUUGACCGCGUCUGGUAGCGUCCUCAGCGGGUACGGCUCCGUCACAGAGGGUGCUCAGAGGACAGAUAUUUCGGGGAAUGAUCGGCGCAGCAGCGCUGCCCAAGGAGCGGACUUCGCAGACAAUGCCUCUCGCCGAAUGUCCACUGCGUCGCGUGUGAAAGCCAGGCUUCGCCAUCGCCAGAUCAGGGUUAGAAACAAGAGCAGUGGAAAUGUUAGUGUUGCAUCACAUCUUACAGCGAUUCCUGGGCAGUCGUAUGAGCACAGACUACUUCCUACCGAAAAGAAUUUCCAUGAGAUGGCCCGAACAGGCAACCUUGAAGAAGUGGAAAGAAUGAUCAAAGAUCGGAUCAAUGUCAACUGCAUGGAUGAGAAAGACCGUUCUGCCCUCCAUCUAGCUGCCGGCCAGGGUCACGUGGAGGUCAUCAGGACACUGCUUGAUAACGACGCCAAGGCAGAUGCUCCAGACAAGUUUGGAAUGAACGCAUUACUCUGGUCGGCUUGGUUCGGCCAACAACCAGCGAUGGAUGCACUGUGCAAUGGCGGAGCACUGGUCAAGUGUGAAAAUAAGCAAGGACUGACCAUAGUCCAUUGUGCUGCCUCUCGCGGCCACGUCAACGUCUUGAAGUACAUCGUGGACAAUCUCUUGGAGGAGGACAGCAUGGAUUCUGAUGAUGAGGAGUCGGGACUCUUACCAGGGCUCGGGGCAAUGCAAGGAAAGGACAAAAAUCGGACUGCGGCCUGGAUUUCAAACGCGGCUGUGAACAGUCAUUCCCCAAAAGCCACACCCGUGGUGCCUCGUAACUCAAUGAUGAAUAACAUCAGGAGAAAGUCUGUAGCGCCAUUCAGCUACCUCCACAGUCAUAUGCCCAUGGGCGUCAAGAAGGUUGCGAAAGUACCCAAGCCCCAGUUCAGGGGAGAGGAUUCGCUGAUGGAGAAGAAGAGUUGGUUUCAGGGUAGCAAAACGCCAAUCCACCUGGCUGCCGAGAACGGCCGUGUGGAAGCCACCAAGUUCCUCAUACAGGUCAAAUGCAAUAAGCUGGCGAGGACCGCGGAUGGCAGUACAGCUCUCCAUCUGGCUGCCAAGAGAGGCCACAUAGAAAUGGUCCAUCUACUGCUUGAAAACAACCUGGACAUUGACAUCAGAAAUGAGGAGGGCAUGACUCCACUGCUGUUUGCUGCCGAUGAGGGACACGCAAAUGUAGUGGAGCUCCUUCUAAGACAGAAAGCUGACUGCAAUGUUAAAGCUAAUGAAAAAAGGAAAGAAAUGGCAGCCGUCCACUUUGCAGCCCAAAACAACCAUUCGUCCGUCAUCAAAGUGCUGUGCAAUUUUGGGGUAGACCUGGACGCCAAGUGUCAGGGGGGCAACACGGCCAUUCAUCUCGCCUCCAUCGCUGAUCGCAUUGAGGUCCUACAGACCCUCAUAUCCAAGGGAGCCAAUGUCAACGCCUUCAAUGACAAGAAACGUCAAGCUCUGCAUGAAGCUACAGAGAACAACCUGACAGAUGUGGUGGAGACGUUGCUGAUUGCCGGAGCAUGGGUCAACCAAGUGGACAAGAAUGGCAAGACAGCUUUGAUGAUGGCAGCGAGGGCCGAGAAUGUGACCAUCACAGACAUGAUCAUCAAGGCAAGCCGGUAUUUCACCAAACGGAAAAAUGAGAAGCGACCCUACAUCAAAGGGAAGGAGCACAUCCAGUUCCGCAAAGAGUCGACCGAAGAGCAGCGGCAGAUGAAACCAAUAAUGUGGAAGCUGGCCAUGAAGCAGUUAUCACAAGACGAUUCCACGCGACUGGUCUUCUACUGGGGCUUCUCUGCUGAUCAAGUCAAAGCGGUGCAGACCCAGUAUACAGGUCCCAAGAGUUGGAAGGAGCACACCUACAGAAUGCUGCUGAUAUGGCUACACGGGGCCGAGGACAACCCUCUGAAAGGCCUGUAUGAGGGACUGGUUGCUAUUGAGAGGAAAGCUUUAGCAGAGAUCAUCAGGAAGAAAGCCAAUCAGAAGCUUGAGGGCAAAGAUGGCUGCUCAAUCUCAUGACCGCAUUGCUAUUUGACCUUUGACUUCUUGACCUCGCAGAGGUCACAGCACAGCCUUUCACCUCUAUUCAUUAAAGGUUAGUUAUUACUUGUCUUCCAUGAAAUACGCUAUAUUUUGUACUAUUCUGCCUCUUUAAGUCAUUUUCUCUCUGAAAUUCGAAGAAAAAAAUGUGCACCUAUUUUCUUCAAGUUUCGUUGAGAAAUGAUACCAAAAAGGAUAGUAGUGUAUUUUUGUAGUUAGAUCUAAAGAUGUAUAGGAUGCAUCAAAUAACGUGUAUUUUCUGACCUUAUUUAAGAAACACUGUAUUCGUUUGUACUAAUUCUGAAAUAUGUCCAAGAAGUGGGUUUUUUUUGUCCUCAGUGACUGUAUUAAACCCAACUUUGAAGCUGCGUAUUUAUUAAGGUAUAAAAAGAUAUGAUGGAAUAUUUCUAUGUGUAGGUCUGUUCUUUUUUCUUCGUCUUCUUUUCACGUGUGCUUUUUUUAAAAACCACCAAACCAAUUAGGCAAUAUUGGUAUUACUAAUAAUACAAGAUAAAACUUCACUAUUUAAGGGUAAUUACUAUUAAUACAUACAAGUAUAACUGAUGCCAAAAUAAAUAUUAAAUAGAACGUAGACAUGGUGAUCAGGACUUAAUUUUUUACAAUUGCAAUAUUUGGAAACAGUAGAUCUUGGACCUGAUUUUGACAAGUAAUUGAAUUUCUUUUGAGGAAAACUGUGCCAAUUGUGCAAAAACUUGUGGGAAAAUGUUUUGUUAUUUAGCUAAAUCAAAUAAUAUUGGGACUUCAUAGAGUUUAAAGGCUUACAGCGCUCCUCCUUGUUACAUAAAUUCUUUGGUUCCUGAAACCAUUUGAAAUUUAGUUUCAAUUGUCAGAGGUUGGAACAGUUAAUGUUCGCUCUUAUACCCUAACCCUAACCAAACUCAACCCAUCAAAGUCCAACAGCAGGUGUUGUUGAAAUUUGUUAGAAUGGGUACAGUACCCCUGAACUGAUGGUCUUUUACAUUGGGUUUGGCAUACCUCCAGAAACUAAGUCCAACAGUGUAUGUUCCUAGUAAAUUAUGCUAGAGAGUUAGGGCUAAGGUGCAUUUAAUUUCAAUAUUUGUAUGUCCCAAACUUGAUUUCAUAUGCGAAAUCUACAGUUAUUUCAUUAUGUCUUUUGAGCUUUCAAGUUUAAAUGCUCUAUCAUAAAAGUUUCCAAGCUUUUCUUGAAAAAUAUUUUGUCUUCCAAAAAGUAGUUUUUGUAUUCAAAAUAUUUGUAUAUACUUUGCAGUUUGACUGUUUUGUCAUCCAGUUUCGUAAGAAACAUGUUAAACUAUGUUAUUACUAAUUUAUUUCAUAUUUCAUAAAAAUAAUUUAUUUCAUAUUUCAUAAAAUGUAUAAUAUAUGCUUAUUCAAUAUUUAUCAUGUUGGGACCAUUAAUAGGUAUAUUGUAUACAACAGUAAAAUAAACCUAACCAUGUAGCCUACUAAAGUAAA